CAAAGCGUGACGUAUGCCGCCCCUUUCAACCUGUUUCACUUUUAACGAAUCACUACUGGCAUGACUGGUGGAUAUAGUCGUGCACGCGGUGCGUCAAGGGGAAUUUCUACUGCUCGGCAUAUAUUCCAAAUAUAACCAACAUCGUAAAAUUAUGCCAGUUAUAAAUUGACUUUGGCUGGCACAAUCAAACAAGUUUAAGGAACUUUGUACUCGGUUUACUGCAGGUUCCUACUAUAUAGGGAUUCAAACAUUUCUGUUCAGAGACUGACCAUUUGUAAACUUCUUUUUCGCGUGAACGUCAGACUACCGAAAACGACAAAGGGGUCGAAUUGCAGACCAGGAGUAACAUGUGCUGUUAUCUUGAAGGUAAACGUUGAAAUCUGACAAGAAAAUAACACAAGAAUGGCCCCCGAGAACGAAGAAAACGGGGUAUCCGUCCCUAUUGAGGAGCCGAACAACGAAGGCAAGAAAACAAGUGACGGCAGCCAGCUAGUCGUCAACGGAACGGGUGACGAAGACGGCGAUCAUGCAUACUCUUGCUGCUCAUGGAAGCCCGGUUUCCUCCAGUUCCUGGCUUCCGGUCGCUUCUUCUGCGUCCUGCUGUGCAUGGUGGUCGCGUCGGAUGCGUUUAAUUCUGGGACAUUCGGUAGCGCAGUGACGUCACUGGAGACGCGUUACAAGCUGCCAUCAUCUCAGCUUGGUUUCAUCAACAGCAUGUACGAGUUAGCGUCACUGGUCCUGGUCCUGUUUGUGGUCUACUAUGGAGGGAAACCAACGAGCAACAGGCCGCUGUGGAUUGGCCUCGGGAGUGUGGUGAUGGGCAUUGGAGCAGUGGUGGCGCUCUUACCACAGUUCUUAUUCGGCGCUUAUGUACCUCUUAGUGAUGGCUCGAAAGGCAACUCAAGUACCGCUACAUGCUCGGCGGGCUCUGGCAAUAUCACUGACCAUUGCACCAAGAAUGAAGGGGACACAGAUAACGGUGAAACCCAUGCUGCUUUUGUCUUCAUCAUAUGCGGGCAGAUCAUCGUCGGUCUCGGUUGGACGCCGGUGAUGGCGCUAGGCAUGUCUUACAUAGAUGAUAACGUGAAAACCUCUACGUCCGCAAUGCACAUUGGAUAUGUUCAGAGUAUGUUCGGUUUCGGCCGGAUCGCCGGUUUCCUCAUUGGCGGAGUGACGGUUCGCAAAUGGGUUGAUUACUACCGUGACGAUCCGGAUAAUUAUGGAGUCGGACCCCAAGAUCCGCAGUGGGUGGGGGCUUGGUGGCUCGGUUUGAUCAUUGCCUCUGUCUCCUACGUCAUAUCCGGUAUUCCCAUGAUCGGUUUUCCCCGAAGUUUGCCGAAGAAUUACGACGAGGCACACGAUGACUUCAUGGGUCACUCCAAACGAGGGAGGUCAACCGGAAGUGAAAGCGCUGAGAAUGCCGCCAAGCCAAAGUCAAGGAAGAAGGCUGCUUUCAAAAGCAUCAAGGACAUGCCUGGGAAGUUCUGGGAAGUCUGUAAGAAUCCUCUGUACUUGAUCAUCAACAUGGCUUUCGUGACCGAGUUCGCUGCCAUGAUUGGACUCAAUAUAUUCUUUCCCAAAUACCUAGAAACAGAGUUUGGACUGACGUCAUCAUAUGCGAAUCUUAUUACAGGCGCUGUUCUCGUGCCGGCCGCUGCUCUCGGAUCCAUCGUUGGGGGCGUCAUUGUCAAGAAAUUCAAGACAAAAGCAGAGGGGUCUUGCAAGGUAGCCUUGGUUCUCAGCAUAGUCGCUAUGUUCCUGCUCCUAAUCACAUUCGGUGUCGGUUGUCGAACCAUUCCAACGGCUGGUGUAACGACUAAGUAUCCCGACCAAAGCGCUGGUACGAGCUUGAGCCGAACUAGUACGUGUAAUGUCCAGUGUGGAUGCAAUAAUGAUAUAUAUUCCCCUGUGUGUGGAGAGGAUGGCAUCACCUAUGUGUCAGCAUGCCACGCUGGUUGCCUACAAGAAUUUGACAAUGGGACAUUCGGCGAUUGUUCAUGUGUCGACGCUGAAGAUGGGACCUAUUCGGCAGUGGACGGUACCUGCGGGAACAACUGCAAGAGUCUUAUUCCAUUCCUCAUCAUCUCUUUCUUGGUUGUCGUCAUAUCCGGUGCGGAAGAGAUCCCACAAACCCUCAUUGCAAUGAGAUGCGUGAACCCAGACUCUAAGGCCAUCGCUCUCGGUGUCCGGGCCAUCAUGAUGAGAUUACUUGGCGCCAUUCCAGCCCCGCUGAUCUACGGCGCUAUGAUCGACACCGCGUGCAGAUUGUGGCAAACGGAGUGCGGUAAGCAAGGGUCGUGUUACGUCUACGAUCUAGCUGCGUUCCGUUACGCCUACCUCGGAGUCAACUUCAUCUUCAAGGUUCUCACCGUGCUUUUCUACGUCAUAGGGUGGUGGCUCAUCAGGCGACAGCGCAUGCGCAACCAACAGGCGGGAAAACUUACGAACGAGGAAGAGUAAAGGAAAGAAUGGCGCGAAGAACUCAAAACUAUCUAGGUCUGCUUUCCUGAAGACUGAUAUCAAUAUCAAAAUACUUUUUUUAUUAUUGUAUAUCGCCGUCAUCCAAUGAGGGCUCAGGAUUUCGGUGGCUUUUAACAGUUAUCUUGAUACAAGAUUUGUGAAAUGAGAACAUGAUAAGAAAGGCAGAGACUUCUCGGUAUUUCCAUCCUGCCAUUUAAUCAUUGUUUUCGAGAGAAUGAUUUUCUGUUUAUAAGUACUAAUUUCUCGAUCAUUGCAUUUCUAUUUCAUUCCAUCGCAAUCCACCUCUCCCUCUUUCUCUCUCUCUCUCUCUUCCUAACAUUCUUUCUUAAAAAAGGUUACAAAACGAUAUUAUGUAGUAUUUGUUUUAAGAACAAUUUUCAUAUACUUUUCAGUAGGCCUAAUUUGCACUCAGAAUUUGAAGAAAAAGAGCGGUUCCUGGUAUAAUGAAUUUCUGUCAGUGUAUUUGAUAUAACAUAUUUUUGAAGUACUGCAAAUUCAAUAAACAGGGCCUUUGAUGUUUCUAAACGAGAUUGUUUUUAAUAGUUAAAUGAUUUAAUCUUAAUUGUGUAUACAGUCGAACCACUCAUCAAUCUUAAAUUUGAUUAUGAUGGUCUGCUAUGUUCAAAAUAGAUAGAUUAAUGUUGUCAUAAUGUUAAUUUGAUAAAUUCGUGCCACCUUCAUUUUUUCUCCAAAUCUCAAUUACUAAUAAUAGUUUCAUAUACUCCGGAAAUUACAUGUGGUUAAACGCAGGGAUAAAAUUUUAAAAAUCGACUAGACUCAGAAUAAAAGUAAGAAAGUAAAAAAAUAGAUUGAUAGAUAUAAGGAA